AUGGAGACAAAGGUCAGUGAAUCUUCCUCCUCUGGCCUAGGACAUUCAUUUGAAGUAAUUAAGGUAUGUUUAGAUCUACCUAAAAUUGCUGAGAGAUUUCGACUUGAUGGAAUCAAUUCGUUCCAAUAGACAUCAUAUGUUGAAUUUAUUCUACAUGGGAGGAAUCUGGAUCAUCACUUGACACAACUCUCGCCAAGUACGAUUUUUUUUCUUGAUGGAAAGAAGCAGCAUUGAUUCAAUAUUGGAUGCUAGACAAUAUUUCACCAAAGAUAAGUGAUAGAUUUCUUUUUCUAAAACAUGUGAAGGAAUUAUGCAGCAAGGUUCGUCGUGUUCACUCUACUAAACAUGAAGAAUCUCAAAUUUAUAGAUUGGUACAAAAAUUUCUGACUUUGGUAUAAGAAACAUUGAGUGUUUUGAAAUAUGCUUGCAAAUUAGAAUCUAUUUGGAGAGAAAUCGACCACUACAGACCAAUCAAGAACCUUGAUACUCAAGAACAAAAUUAUAUCAUGAAAGGCAGGUUGUAUAAAUGUUUGAUGGGGAUAAAUUUAGCAUAUGAGACUCUAGUAAAUCAGAUCCUUGCUCGGGAAGUAGUACUAGGUAUUGAAGAGACAAAUACAUUAGCAAGACAAGAAGAAAAUACUAAAAAUUUGAAAAAUAAUUUAAAAACAGAAAUGCUGCAUUCAGCACUCUCAAGGGCAAAGAUACCUCUAUAUUGA